AUGGCCCCCGGUAUUACCUCUCCCACCCCGGGUAACCUCUCCUCCUCCUUCUACUCGAGCAGGCCCGGUAAUUCCCGGCAAGUAUCUGCCCUGUCCGCUGUUUUCGACAACGACAGCAUCUCACAGAAUGGCCGCACCUCGCACCGGGACUCUGGCUUCGUUCGCAAGCUCCAUGGUGCUGGCAGCUCCAACAUCACCAGCGUGGUGCAGACUCUGCACCGUCGCAGCGGUGAUGAGCUUGGCAAUGGUGCCUCUUCUCAGCUCCUGAACACUUCUUAUCACUCCAUUAUUGAGUGGAUUCGUUCCGAGCGUAUGAGCCACCUACCCCCUGAGGGAAGCAGCUAUGACAAGGUGCUUGCCUGGGCCCAGCUCUUUGUGGACAGACUCCACUCUUUUGACUCUAAUAUUCAAGAGUUCGCCGGCGAUAGCUAUCUUGCUGCUCAGUUGUCGUAUGGCUACUGCGCCAUGCUCCUCGAGCUUGGCAAGGAAAAUGCACCGGCUCUGAUGGUCUCCUUCGGCUUCUUCUACAGCACCUCCUCCGCUCUCGUGAACCUCCUGGAGCGGACCGAGCUGUUCUCGGUCUCCCAGGAGAUCAAGGAGCAGCUGAUUCUGGCCCUGGCGGACCUGGUCACUCUGGUCGCCAGUGUGUCCACGCACUUUCACAAGGCUAUUCGUGGACUGACCACCGCCUCGGUGUCUGUCAACAUCUACGACACCUUCCCUGGCCAGAUCCAAUCCUUCCGUGAGCGCUGCGGGAAGAUUUCGGAUGCCAUGUGGCGGCACCAGCUUGCCAAGGAGAACAUUGACACCGAGAGAGUUGCCGUGGUUAAGUCCGUCCGAUCCUGGCUCGCCCCCGAAGACCGCGUUCUCAGCCACCUAGCCGAGAACACCUCCCAUCUAGCCCACGAGCGGGAGGAGAUGACCUGCCUUUGGAUGGGCCCGUACUUGACUCGCUUCCUGAAGAGCCAGAACCACACCCUGUCCUUCUAUGGCAAGCCUGGAUCCGGCAAGACUGUGCUAGCUUCGGUCAUCGUUGACCGUCUGCAGGAGCAGAUCGGUGGAGUCUCCUACAAGACCCUGUUUGUUCCGAUCAACGCCCGUAUCCCCGCUGAGACUACCCCUGUUGCCAUCGCAAAGACCAUUCUCUUCCAGCUGUUCGAGAAGCGCAUUGGCAAUAUCCAGCUCCUGCACAUUCUGGGCGAUGCCUACGAGCGUAGCCGUAAGACCACCAGCCCCGCUGACUAUGAGAAUAUUCUCUGGAUUGCGCUGGAGCGUGCUCUGGCUGCCGCCCUUCGCGGCGCCAAGGAGCUUGUCAUUGUUGUUGACGGCCUCGAUGAGGCGACUGGCGGCGAGACUGCGCUGCUCCAGAGACUGACUCUUGCUACUUCAAACGCGGUCAACGUCAAACUCAUUACUCUCGGUUCAGAGAAGCCCACCACUAAGGAGAAGGUCAUGCCGGUUCCCAUCACCGAGGACCGCAUUACUGAUGAUGUCUCUGCUGUUGUGCGCAGCAUCUUCGAGUACAGCCGGAUUUUCCAGGGAAUGUCCGAGCUGGAGCAGGAGACUGCCGUCGACAAAGUCACCGAGGCUUCUCAAGGGUCCUUCCUCUGGGCUAAGCUCGCUGCCAAGCGUGUUCGCCACGAGCAAACCUCCGAUGCCUUCCGCAAGACCAUCGAGACUGUUUUCAGCAGUAAAUGGACCGUUACAGACUUUGUUAUCCAUUCCCUCUCCUCUCCUGAGCUCAGCGAGGAUGCCAAGUUCAUGCUCCUCUGGCUCUCUACUGCUGAGCGUCCUCUGUUGCUGAAAGAGCUGGCUACCCUGGCCGCGGUUCAAGUGGACAAGCAGACUGUCUCUGAUCGCAAGAUUGACACAUUGGCUAUCCUGAAGCCCCUGACGGCCCUCGUAUACCUCCAGGAUGGCCAAGUCUAUCUCCGCCACGGCCUUAUCCGCACCGCGGUUCUCGAUGUGUACGGCAAGGGCAAGCUCAUUCCAACUGUCAAGGACCGCCACGCCGAUCUCGUUACCCGGCUGUUGAUCUAUAUCAAGAUCACUGUGGCUGAGCAGCAUGAGCCUUCGCUGACCCCUCUGGAUCGUCAUGACACUACCAUUCUCACCCAGAAGCACCCUCUUCUGGACUUCUCCGUCCGCUACUGGCCUCAGCACCUGAAGCAGACCACGGUUUACGUCACUGGCGGGGAUGCUGCCAUUGCCAAGGAGUUUGGCAAGCUGUUCCCUGCCACGGUUACUCUGCUGCUUCUGCAGAACACGCUCUGGCAGAACAUCUCCACCCCGACGCUCCUGACCUACCUGACCAUUGUCAGCAACCUGAGCCGCCAGAUCCUGACGCCUAACAACGUGGUCACUCUUCAGGCCAUCAUCUCUCUGGCCCUUUUCCAUCGCGAUGUCAGCCACGUUCCGGAGGCCAUUCCUCUCUUCUAUGAGAUCACUACCAUCAGCCGUACUCUGCUCACCACCAAGCACAUUGUGACGAUGCAGAUGGCUAGCCUCUUCCUGGAGCUCACCGUGGAGCAUGUUACCACCAGCAAGACUGACAUCAUGGUCAAGCGCGAGGAGACGCUUCUGCUCGUUAUUGAGUGCUACAAGAUUCACUAUGGUAACAAGUCUGAGAAGGUUGUUGCUACUCUGAAGACCCUAGUUGAGCACUACCGCUUGACCAAGGAGGAGAAGAAGAUCAAGGAGAUUGAGGUGAUCAUCCAGACUAUCACUGGUGUUCGCUACAACGGAGAUGAGAGUGAGACUCGUGGUGACCUCCACGUCCACCUGAAGGGUCACAAGCAGAGCGGCGAGACUGGCAUUCGCUUCGUCCUGGAUGAGGAGGUGGAUGAGUAUCAAUCCGUGACCUUUGACUUCGAGGCCCUCCUCAAGCAGGCCGAGAAAUACGUCGCCGAGGGUCGCGUUGCCGAGGCCGAGCGUAUCUACGUUGAGAUUUGGCAUCGGGCCAGCAAAGAGUGCCGCUCUCAGUAUUCUGAGCACUGGGAGCAGGUGAAGCUGAAGACUGUCACUGUCUAUUCGAAAUUCCUUCAGUCCCAGAAGCGGGAGUACGAGGCCUCUUCCAUUCUGUCCAGCGUUUGGGAGGAGUACCGUCACACUAGCCUGUCCAUGUCGGAGUCCACUUCUUCUCACUUCCAUGCGAUCGCCACGGUCAUGACCGCCGUGGGUCUGUCUGCUGCGGCUCUGAGCAUCUUCAAGCACUGCGCGCAUUACUACAAGAGCACCAACCGCACUCAGUCAUCUCACUACUUGGAGGUUCAGAAGAGCAUUGAGCAAACCUCUCAGCAGGUGAUGCACCAGGCUAGCUCGUCUUCCUCGGUCGUCUCUGAGUCCACUCUGGAGGAGAUGGUCUUCGAAGCUUCUAGCUCAAUCACCAAGAUUGACCAGAGCUCCUUCACUGCUACGCACACUCUGGUUGAGUUGUAUGUUUCCCAGCACCGUUGGAAGGAUGCUACCCGGGUUGUCAAGAAGGUUCUCCACGGCCUGUGGCCCUCCCUGUUUGCCCCGUCGAUUCAGGAUGUAGUCCUCCCCAGCCAGCACGUUGAGAAGUGCGUGGACCUUGCCGAGCGCCUUAGCCAGUGCUACCACUACCGUCGUCGCUUCCCUCGUGAGGAGAGCAUCCGCGUCCGCGUUUAUUGUGCUAUCCGGGGUGCUAGGCCCGUGGAUGACAAGCUGCGUGAGCGUGUCACCACUGAGUUGGUCCGUUUCUAUGAGCGCUCCUCUCAACCAGACCGGGUCAUCAGCACCCGCCAGGAGAUCUUAGAUGACUACAUCACCCACUACGGUCCCGAGCACCCCAUUGUGAUCAAGACUCUCUGGACUCUGGCCGAGCUUACUCGUCCUCGCCCCGUCUUCGUGGAGUACUACCAGCGUAUCAUCCGGGCCCUGAACAAGAAUGCUCCUCACUGCCAUCCCGAUGCCAUUGAGCCCUUGAUCAUUGUUGUCACUGAGCUCUGGAACCAGAGCCGUUACUCUGAUGCCGUGCCUUACUACUCGCUGCUCUUCACCACUUUCCUGAAUGACCACAAGAAGUGUCCCAAGUUCCACGCGCCUGAUUUUGUGCAAGAGUUCUUCACUCGCUACACCCACUGCCUCCGCAGUGUGCGAACUGAGUACACCAAGAUUCACAAAAUCACUGCCGACUACCACAGCAAGGUCAAGGGCGUGUUCGGUGCCACUGCGACCAUCACCAUCAAGGCCACUGUGACUCUCGCCAAGGUGUGCCAGGAGUCCAAGCGCUUCGAGAACGAUGCCAUCGCUCUCUACGAGGAGCUGCUCAUCAUCAAGUCUACCGAAAUCGACCGCGAUGAGAUCACUGCUAUCCUGGACGGCAUCUACGAGGAGCAGACCGCCAUUGCUUUUUCCAAGUCCGAGUCGGUCUCUUCCACCCAGAUCGAGCGUGUGUCCAAGGUUCUGCGCAAGCGCAUCACCUCUGUACGCGAGACUCACGGCUGGGCCCACGAGGAGUCACUGACCAAGCUGAAGGAGAUGGUCUCCUUCCACUCCAAGCACAGCGAGUCCUCUGAGACCGUGAUCUCUGAGCUCAAGGAGUCGACGGUGCAGAUUUUGCAAUCGGAGUCUUCUUCCACUCGCCUGGUUGCGGCUGCAGCCACCAUUGCCAGCAGCUACAUCGCUACCAAUCAAGUCUCUAAGGCCACUGAGCUGUCUCAGGAGCUGUACCGCCAGGUCAUUAUGAAGGACACCACCAACGUGAAGUCCUCCAAAUUUGACCUCACCUCCAAGGGUCGUCAGAGCCUGAUCUUCCUGGCCCAGAUGGAGCAUAGCCUUCGCCAGCAUAGUUUGACCAUUACCGAAAUCCUGGCCUCGCUGACCACCGAGUACGUGUACUUCGAGGAGUUCCGCAGCCACAUCUCCAAGAGUAGCUCCUUCCAGACCGUCUCGAUUUCUGCGUCGCGCCUCUACCACUUCCUGCUCGCCAGCAACCGCCAAACUGCGGCGAGUCGUGUCUUCGAUGACUACGUUGCCUACUUCCUGGCCACUGAGGGUAAGCGCACCAAGUUGACCGAGACCAAACAGGUGAAGAUCUUCCUAUCGACUGUCCUGGAGCACUUCAGCACCCACCAGUCCACCGACUUCAUCCGCUCGGUCGGUAUUGCCAGCAACUCCCGCGUCCUGGAUCUCCUUCAGAAGAAGAACUACGACGGUGCCUGUGACCUUGCCAUCGCUUCCUUCCGGUAUAUUUCUGCUCACGACGUCUACCGCUCCCCCGCCAUCGUCAAGUUUGUCUUUACUCUGGGUGUGGUCAUCACUGGCCGGACCAUCGUUCCCCAGCCUGACCAAGCCACCCAAAAGAAACUGAUUGGCGUCUCUUCUGUCAUCAUCCAGGAGGUCCUCCGCGUCAUCAGCGACCUGAAGAUCAGUCUGUCCCAGAUCAGCUUGGACUACCUGAACAUUCUCAUCGGUGUGCUGGGCGAGCAGAAGGAUUACAAGAACCUCGUCUGGGUCCUGUCCGGCCUCUGGAACAGCCGCGAUCAGCAGAUCAAUUGGUCGCCUACGAUUACCCUCCAGCUGGCCCGUCGCUACAUUCUGGCCCGCUACCUGGUCGGCGACGCCCUCAAGGCAUCGCGUCUAGCUGAGGACAUCGUGUACAACUGCCGCCGUGUCAACGGCGCCCGCCACCAGAGCACCCUGGAGAUGUCCACUCUACUCUCGCAGCUGUACACCGGCAUCGCGCAGCGCUACCAGGCCGAGAAAGGCGGCCAGCACAUUGCGAACAAGUACUACAAGAAGAUCGCCAGCGUGCAUGAGAACCUGCUCCGCAUCAUCGUCGAUCCGUCACUCAACGAGUUCGAGGGCGGCCUCGACAGCAGCCUGAGCAUGGACGGCUCCGCCUACGAUUUCGACCUGGGCGACAGCACCACCAUCGCCACUGUCUCCGAUGCCGAGCAGGUGCGCCAGCACCUGAAGCUGCUCAAGCUUGCUGUACAGCGCCUAGGUGACUGGCCCAAGGACUACAGCGAGUACGAGCGCCUGAACGCCGAUCUGUUCCUCGAGUUCGGCGAGGACCUCAAGGGCGUUGACGGUGUUGAGAAAUGGGAUCUUAAGAAGUUUGGCUCCGGCAAAGCUUCGGGUAAUGAGGACCAGCUGAACUUGGACGUCAAGUCCUGGGAGCUGGAGCUUGUGCAGGCUGAGGAGGUUGAGGAGGAGCUGUGA